AUGGGGAUAGCGAAGGGGUUGUGCCUGGAGCUGGGGAAAAGGGUUGCCGAGGGAGAUAAGUAUGGGACUGUGCAUGCCUCCCCGUCCGCCCCCGAGCAGCGAUACCUCUUUGACAUCUCCAGCCUGCCUGAGGCGGAGGAGGUGAUGGGCGCGGAGCUGCGGGUCCUGCGUGCCCUCCCCGAAAACCGGAGCUUGGCCCUGUCCCCUGAAGGCACCUUCCACCACCUCCUCCUCUCCACCUGCCCAAGCUGGGAUGGCGAGGAGCCCCGGCUGCUGGACUCCAGGGCUGCAGACAUUUUGGAUGCGGGCUCCUCCAGAUGGGAGGUGUUUGAUGUCUGGGAAGCCCUGCGGGAUGGGAGGGAGAGAUCUCCCUCUGGCAAGCUGCUGUGCUUCUUGCUGAGGAUCGUCUCGGAUCAGUCAGGGCGGCUCCUGCCCCCCCGGCAGCUGGGGUUCAGCAAGCCCCGGCCGCAGCCCCAUGAGCGAGCCCUGCUCGUGGCCUUCUCCCGCACCCAGAGGAAGGAGAACCUCUUCAGGGAGAUCCGGGAUAAGAUCAAGGCCCUGGGCAGCCCCCCCUUCCUGGAGCCCCCCGAUCCCGGCCAGGAGGCACACCCCAAGCGGAGGAAGAGACGGACCACCAUCGCCGCCCGGUCUGGGGGCAGAGGCCACGGGAAGAAGGCGAAGACCCGCUGCAGCAGGAAGCCCCUGCACGUGAACUUCAAGGAGCUAGGCUGGGAUGACUGGAUAAUCGCCCCCCUGGAUUAUGAGGCGUAUCAUUGUGAGGGGGUCUGCGACUUCCCUCUGCGCUCCCACCUGGAGCCUACCAACCAUGCCAUCAUCCAGACCCUGAUGAACUCCAUGGAUCCGGAGUCCACCCCCCCCAGCUGCUGCGUGCCCUCCAAGCUCAGCCCCAUCAGCAUCCUCUACAUAGACUCCGGGAACAAUGUGGUUUACAAACAGUACGAGGACAUGGUCGUGGAGACGUGCGGCUGCAGGUAG